AUGUGGCUGGACGUGCUCGCCGCCAAGGCGCGCUGCGGCACGUGGCUCGGCGGCGUCAUGCCGCAGUUCACGCCCUGGGAGGACGUCUUCCGGCCCCGCGCCGGCGCCGCCGCGCGCCGCCGCGCCGCCGCCGCCGCCUGGGCGGCUGGGGCCAGCCUGUCUUCAGCGGAGGAUGAGGGCGGGGACGCCGGCGACGACGGCGGGGAGGGCGAGGGCGAGGCGGGGGGCCCGGUCGUGCGGCUCAAGGGGCUGAGUCACCCGCUGCUGCUGGCCAACUUUAUGAAAUCUCGGGAGCGCCUGCACCGGCAGCUGCGCCUGCUCGGCGCCGACCCCUCUGUCGGCGCCGGCGGCCAGCAGCGCGCGGCGCGGCCGGGCGGCGGCAACGACGCGCAGGCGCGGCACAAGCGGCGGUUCUUAUCGAACCGGAAGGACAACAUGGCGGCGGCGGCGGGCUCGGGCAGCGAGUCUGAGGAAGACGAGGAGGCGGCGAAGGUGGCGAUGCUGCGGCGGGAGCUGCGGGGCCUGAGGGCGCCGCGGCCCUUGGACCUGUUCAUCCAGCCGGAGACCAGCGCGGUCGUCAUCACCGGGCCAAACACGGGCGGCAAGACGGCCACGAUGAAGGCCUUUGGCCUGGCGGCCCUGAUGGCUAAGACCGGCAUCCCCGUGCCCGCCCAGUCGCCCGCGCGGCUGCCGUGCUUCAGCUCGAUCCUGGCUGACAUCGGUGACGAGCAGAGCCUGACCGCCAACCUGAUCCAGGCCCUCAGGGCGGAGGCGGACGGCAAGUCGCUGCUGCUGCUGGAUGAACUGGGCACAGGCACAGACCCCACAGAGGGCGCCGCGCUGGGCGUCGCGCUGCUGCGGCGGCUGGUGCGUGGCGGCGUGGGGUGCGGGGCGCUGACGGUGGCGACGACGCACCACAGCAUCAUGACUAAGCUGAAGUUCGAGGACCCGAGGUUUGAGAACGCCAGCGUCGAGUUUGACUCGGAGAAGCUGGAGCCGACCUACAAGCUGCUGUGGGGCGUCCCCGGUCGCUCCAACGCGCUCUACAUCGCCGAGCGGCUGGGCCUCGACGCUGACAUCAUCGCCGCCGCGCGCGCCAACCUGGGCGCGUUUGCGUCCGCCGCCAACGCCGCCAUUGCUGACCUGGAGGAGGCGCAGGGGGAGCUGGAGAGGGAGGAGGUGGCGCUGUGGGCGGUGGAGCAGGAGGAGGCGCGGCUGGAGCGCAAGCUGGCGGACAUGAAGCGCUCCCUCCAAGCGAAGCGCGACGCCCUCGAGCAGCUGCGCCUCGACCGCCUCGCCGCCGUCGCCGCCGCCGCCUCCGCCGUCGCCAAGGCGGCCCGCGACGAGCGCCGCGCCGCGCGGCGGCGCGCGGGGCCGGGGGGCGCCUUCGACACGGAAUUCAGCAGGAAGCUGGACUCGGCGCUGCUGGACAACCUGUCAGCUGGGCCAGGCAGCGUGCUCAGCGCGAUCGAGGACUGGCAGCGCGUCGCGGCGGCGCCCGCAGGCGCCCCCGCCGGCGCCGCCGCCGCCGGCAAGGCGGACGAGUGGUGGGUGCCCGCGUGGCGCGGCCUGCUGCAGGACGCGCGCGCCGCGCUCGCGGCGGCGCGCGCGGUGGGCGUCUCACUCGACGGCGCGGGGGGCGGGGCGAGCGGCGCCGGCAGCGUGGGCGGCACGUGGGAGGAGGAGGAGCUGGCGGCGCAGGUGGAUGCGUUGGAGGCCGCGGCGGCGCGGCGCGCGGCCGCAAAGGCGGCGCGCGAGGCGCGGCGCGGGGAGCUGCUCGCGCGCGCGGCCGCGAUGGAGCAGGCGAGCCAGGACAGCUGGGCGGCGCGCGACGCGGCGUCGGCGGCGGAGACGCUGCGGCAGCAGCGGCAGGCGGACGGGCGGGAUGGCGAGGCCGCGUCGUCACUGCUGGACGCUGACGAGGACGAGGACGAGGAUCUCGGCCUGGGCCUGGAUCUGCGGGAGCUGGAGAGGCAGGAGGCCGAGGCGGCGGCCGCGCGGCGGCGCACGGGCGCGCAGGCGCGGCGCGAGCGGGAGCAGGCCGAGGCCCUCAGCAGGCUGGAGGCGGCGCUCAGCAAGGUGGACACCGCCGCAGAGGCGCGCGCGAUGCAGGAGGCGCUGGACCGGGAGGAGGCGCAGCAGCGGCGCGCCAUGGAGCGCGAGGCGGCCGCCAGGGCGGAGCGCGAGCGCCGCGACGCGAUCCGCGUGGCCUCCUCCUUUGAGCAGCAGCUCGCUGAGCUGGAGGCCGCCGCGGCAGCCGCCGAGUCGGUGUCCCGCGACGGCCUCGCCGGCCUCGCAGCCGACCAGCGGGAUGACCGGGAGCGGCAGGCGCAGGCGCAGUGGCAGCGGUUGCAGGAGGCCGCGGAGGGGCGGCCGCACGCGGGCGGAGGUGUCAGCGGUUUCGACGCCGACCUGGAGCUGCCCUCUGAGCUGCUCGAGCUGAUCGGGGCGCUGGAGCAGCCGCCUGCGGACAGCGACGCGGUCGGCAGCAGCAGGAGCAGCAGCAGCAGCGGCGGCGGCGGCGGCGUGACAGGUGGUGCUUUGAGCGCGAGCGGCGGCGGCGGCAGUGGAUACGCCAUUCCCAGCAGCAACGGCAGCUACGACAGUGGCGGCAGAAAUCACAACGCAGGGAGCAUCAAUGGCACUGGAAGCAGCAAUGGCGUCGAGAACAGCGGUGGCAGCAGCAGCAGCAACGGCAACGGCAGGAGCAGCAACUCAAUUUCGCAGCAGCUGGAGCCGUGGCCAGAGGCGGAGGCGGCGCAGGGCUCAUCCGGUGGGAUGGAUGCGGCUGAGGCGGCGCUGCUGCAGGAAAUGGAGCGACUGGAGCAGCUGCAGGCGCUCCUGGGCGGCAGCGGCGGCACGCGGAUCGGCAGCACCGCUGGCGGUCAAGGAGGCGCCAAGCGGAAGAAGAAGCGGAAAGCAAAGAGCCAGAAACUGUGA